UAAGGCCGCGAGGCUAGGAAGGUCAGUCAAUAACCCAUGAAGCGCUUAUAUUCGCAGUACUGUUGGCUGCGCGAUUAGACCCUCGUCCGGAUACACGCAUACUACUCUCAACCAGUCUCCUUUUAUUCGGUUUAUUGUAGCUGUACCUCAGGAUCACCCCUUGUCUUAAACGUGCUAUCUCGUAGGCCUCGUUGGUAAUAGACGUAGCAUCACAACUUGACCCCAGCUAUAAUUAACACCCCAUCCUGCCCAUCCCACCUUAGCCUACAUAAUAUAUGCUAGUGAAUAUGGUGUUAUACAUCCCCAUCGAUCGCCCUCUCCACUCUUACGCUUUCCUUAUCACUCAAUCUGGUAUUCCUUUUACCAUAUCCCGAACUUCUGCUUUCGCUCGUGGGAUCUCGAGUCGUGCGAUCGUUGGGCGCGAUACGAUAUCUGUACGCCGCUGCAAGACGGACGAGAACAUUAGAUUUAAUUAUCUUCCACGUUCUACUUAAGCGACAGUCGUAUCGGACCCAGAACCACCGAUUCCGACCUCUUCCUAAUAUAGUUACUUGGGUACAAAAUUAAACCUUAGCACUCCUCUUCUCCUCUUCUUCUCCGUCAUAUUCCUAGAAAUCGACAAUACGGCCGCGUCUUCGGUUUCUAUGAGACGGUGGAUGGAAAAUGAGGAUAGGGUGUCUGCAAUUCGCCCCGAAGCUCGGGGACGUUAAUAAUAACCUCAACCGCGCCGACGCAGUCUUGAGUAAAGCGAAUCCCGAGAACCUCGACCUGCUUUGUCUACCCGAAUUAGCUUUUUCAGGCUAUAACUUCAAGUCGCUUCAACAAAUCAGCCCUUUCCUCGAGCCUCAAGGCUCUGGCGUAACUGCGCUCUGGGCGAGAACGGUUGCACUCAAAUACAAUUGCGUUACGAUAGUCGGAUACCCAGAGAGUUGCGAUGUAAAAGCAAAAUGGCCCACCGGACCCGAGUACUACAACUCGGCCAUCGUCGUCAACGGCGAGGGAGAAACAAUCGGCAAUUAUAGAAAGAGUUUCUUGUAUUAUACGGACGAGACAUGGGCUCUGGAAGGCGGCGAAGGGUUCUGGCAAGGAUCUAUCCCGGGUCUUGGGAACAGAAACACCUCUCUAGGCAUUUGCAUGGAUAUUAAUCCAUAUAAGUUCGAGGCUCCCUUCCACGCUUUCGAAUUCGCAUUUCAUGUCCUAGAGAUGGGAUCAAAUCUCGUCAUCCUUACGAUGGCCUGGCUCACAAGGGAGGAUGGUCGAAUGUUCUCGCGCAUGCCCAAUGAUCCGGAUUUGGACACAUUAACCUAUUGGGUAUCCAGAUUAGAGCCGCUCAUCAGAGCAGAAAGCGAGGAGGAAAUCAUCGUAGUUUUUGCAAAUCGCUGUGGUAUCGAGGAUGACGCGGUUUAUGCCGGGACCAGCGCUGUGAUUGGGAUAAAAGAUGGCGAGGUUAAUGUUUAUGGGAUCCUUGGUAGGGGAGAGAAGGAGCUUCUGAUUGUUGAUACAGAUGCUGCCCCUUAUGCUAAAUUGGUGUAUCGGCCUGAUGACAAUGCAUCAGCGGUUACUUCGACCGAUGACGAGUCAAAAGGCGGUUCGUCCAAUACAUCGGCUAGACCUGACAAGGAGGAUACUUCGAGGAGGUCGGAACAGCCUAGAUCAACGGGAGGAAAUGGUUCUACUAACACUCCAACGACCCAGACACCGAAAAGCACCGACUCGGCCAGGAUGUCUAAGACGUCCGCUCAGCCUAUUUCACCAUUGAGUGAGUCUACGCUCGCUAACUAUGAAUCGAUAUCACCUAGUGGAGCCACCAAAGACUAUGAUUACGUACCCUUGGGCCGUGGUCCCAGAGCUGGAAGUGAUAGAAGUACGAAAUCCAUGCAAGGUUCAAUCGGUUCAGGCCGUUCGAGUACAUCAAAGAAGUCAAAAGGUUCAAGUCUCACUCGAGCUUCUAAGGAGACCCUUGAUUCUAAGGGCUUGGCCUCCCAUCGAUUAUCGUCUAAGAAAGUCAAGACAGCAUCCCCUCGGAUACAGAUCCCACCUCCUAAGUUAGCAAAUGAUUCGAUUCCGACUCCGACAGCACCAAGUCCGACGCCCUUGGCCGUCCGGCCUAAGCUUUCUAUCCCGAAGGAUGCUCAUAGGCGCCCGCAUAUUCCCACACCCCAUCCUGAUUCGGGACAAAGUUAUGUUCCAAUGGAACAGCAGAAUGCAAUCUCAACUCCGACCACAGCUUUUGACGAUUUGAGUCCGCAAUUUCCAGCUAGGUCCUUUUGGACUCCUUCUGACUCGCGCCUGUGGAAUUCGAUGGAACUACGCGAUGGGUCACCUUUAUUAGAACACUCAUCAAUGUCCCCAAAACCGAUUACUGAAAAUAAGUCCAGAGCCGCAGAAGUAGACAUGGAAGGCAGAAAGCCCUCACCACCUAAGUCGCGUAUUACCAGCCGGUCGAGAAAACUUGAACGCUCUAACUCAGCGUUUGGCCAGAGGCCCGAUUCUAACGCACUUGCUCAACGCCUUGAAACCACAAGUCCACGCCCGGAGUCUUCUCUUGGGCAGAGAGCCGAUACAUCUUCGCCUUAUCCAGAUCGCCCCUCUUCGCCGAAAUCGCGAAAUGCAAGUCGAAGUCGGCCUACUAACCCUAUUCUCGCGGACGACCCUAUAGAACAACAAUACUUCGAUGUCGCAGACGCUUCAGUCCUAAUCGGCGCGAGCCCUAGCGUACUUAAUAGCUCAGCGGCUAGAGGACCUUCUGCCAUAUUCCGUUCAGACACCCGCAUGAGCAACGUCGAAUCGACAUAUCGCCCUACAUCUCAGGCCCCCCGGUCGCGCAGUAACAGUUACAAGACCCAAGGUCCAUCAGUUCAAGGGGCUGUAGGAAAUUCUUGGCAACCCCGCGCCAUCAGCCGUGGGCGGCAGCGAGUACCGAAGGGCUUCACUGGAGCCUCCGACCAUGCAGAUACUAGCAGGAGAGGUGGCUCGCCCGAGUGGUCUGUUCAAGGGCACAUGGACAGUGGGGAUGAUGAUGAGAUUGUGGAAGAGAUCAUUGUGCGACGCUCACCAAGCUGCGCAAUUCAUGGGGACAGACAUAACCAUAUUGGCACUCCAGGACGAGAAUCCAACCUGUACUCCAAAGAUUCUAAUGGAGAGAGGUUUGAUUCGUCACGAGUUACUCCUGAGUCGGGUGGAUCAUUGAAGAUUAAAAGUGCAACUGAAACCUCAAUUCAGCCUCUCGACGAACUUGAGGUACACUCAAACUUUUACGCAUCUUCUACCGAGACUCUUGCCGGCGCAGAAAGUUCGCUUGCCGCACCUUGGUUCUUGUUUGAUCCAAAGACACCAAAAGCCAUGGUUUUUAGGAUGGAUGAGAAUCAUGCUACACCUAAUACGCCUCGGUCCGCUCCUUUCGCCCAGCCUCUGAAGAUCGCGAAGCACAUCGGACAAGAGGCGAUAGAUAAAGUUAGGCCAAAGAGUGCUGUUUGGUAG